AUGUCGAAGAAUGGCGAAGUGUCAGCAAACCAAGGUCCAAGCAGACCAACUAUGCCAAAACCCGAAUUGAAUUUAUUUGGGGUGGAAAAACGCAAGGGAUUAAAUCUACAUUUAGGAGGAGGUUCAUCUAGUGAUGGUGCAGCUUUCAUGCCUUUUACUGCAAACCCUGCUCCAGUUCAAAGACCUCGAUUGCCUUCACGAACUAUAAGAGAUGUAUUGCCUGAAAACACAAGAGACAGAUGUAGGAUAUAUCCAUCUAUGCAGUCAUCAGGGAAAUUGCAACUGUCUGCUACUGAAGUGUAUGAUUUCACUGCAGAUGACUUACAAGAUCUUGGAGAAAUAGGAAGAGGAGCUUUUGGAGCUGUAAAUAAAAUGGUUCACAGAAAAACAAAUCGUGUAAUGGCUGUAAAGCGCAUACGCUCCACAGUUGAUGAGAAAGAGCAGAAACAAUUAUUGAUGGACCUGGAAGUUGUCAUGAAAAGUAAUGAUUGUGUAUUCAUAGUGCAGUUCUAUGGUGCACUUUUCAAAGAGGGUGACUGCUGGAUCUGCAUGGAGUUAAUGGAUACAUCUUUAGACAAAUUUUAUAAGUUUAUAUGUGAAAGGAUGCAAACUCGAAUACCUGAAACUAUCUUAGCUAAAAUAACACUUGCAACAGUCAAAGCUUUAAACUACUUAAAAGAAAAAUUAAAAAUUAUUCAUAGAGAUGUUAAACCGUCAAACAUAUUAAUGGAUAGAAGAGGAAACAUAAAACUUUGUGACUUUGGCAUAUCUGGGAAACUUGUGGACUCAAUAGCGCGCACACGUGAUGCUGGUUGCAGACCUUACAUGGCACCAGAACGUAUAGAUCCUGGGAGAGCGCGAGGCUAUGACGUACGGUCAGACGUGUGGUCGCUCGGUAUCACACUAAUGGAGGUCGCGACCGGCGCAUUCCCUUACCCCCGCUGGGGCUCUGUGUUCGAGCAGUUGCAACAGGUCGUGCAAGGCGACCCACCUAGACUCACAAAUACCAACAACGCAUUCUCUAACAAUUUCGUCAACUUUGUCAAUACUUGCCUCAUAAAAGAAGAAAAUCAGCGCCCAAAAUAUAACAGGUUAUUGGAGCAUCCGUUUAUCAAAGGCAUUGACACGAGUCGGGCUGAUGUUGCUGCCUAUGUUUGUGAAAUUUUAGAGGCUAUGGAACGCAACGGAGUCAGUCCCUUCACCACAGACCAGCCUGCACAAGCUUGGGUUGAUUAA